GUAUAUACAUCAUAUUAGUUGAAUGAUUAUUGUGUACCUCUGGUACAAGGAAUUAAAUGACGCUUGUUUACAAAAUGUGUGCCGCCAAAAAAUUUAUUUUCAUAACUGUUUUAGUUCUAAGUGAUCUGCUGCCGACAUCAACCAAAACCGUGUCAGCUGGACCUAUUUGUACCCAUCACUGGAAAAAAGAUUUUGGUUUUAAAAUAAAUGAAUCUGUUGGAGCAUCAUUAAAGAAACUACCAGACAUUCUAAAAGGAUUUCUAGAUGUAGAAAAUCAAGAUGAUUUAGAAACAGACUUAAAAGUUCCCAUAAACAUUUGCAUCAGCAGUGUGGACUGUAGAUUAUACACAGUGUUGGAUAAAAAUAAUACCAAUUCAUUAACCUUUUGUGUUGUUACAAAGAAAGUGAAAAAAUGCUCUGCAUUUACGUGCACGUGUCCUGACACACGUAAUCGACGAUCUAUCGACACACCCAAUGGCCAGGACAGAACAAAUUCUGAUUCAAUAUUUAAGCUCACGAAUCCCAUAUGCAAAUUCAAGUUCAUUUACGAUGAAAGAAUCUGCGAUACAGCACAAACAGAUGUCACAUUCACAGAAAAUAACAGUUUUGACAAUCAGGUGAAAUAUACCACUACCAUGGAUAAUUUUUUAAAAGAAGAUCAUAUCAAAGUAGAAGAAGGAAAUACUACUUGGUUAUAUUUUCUGAUUUUUGCAAUCGGAGUCGGAGUAGGGACUGUAAUUGGAAGCCUGGCAACAUUUAUUUGGUUUAAAAGGAAAUAUUUGCUGCCUAAAACCUCAUCAGAGGUAAAUGGAACAUACAACAAGGAAAACAUUACAACGGUUAUACAUGAUGUCACAGAAUACUCAGAAAUUCCAGAGGACAGUAAAACAACCUGUUAUGAGCCAAUAGAAGAUUUUCAACACCACCACCAAGAAAGUUUAAGAAAUGCAACUCAUUCGGAAUUCUGCGCUUCUCCUUCUUUAGUCACUCAUGUCGAAAUGUGUGAAUAUAGCUUUAAGAGUGAAGACCAAAAGAAAGAGGAACAAGUGCAGCACGUGGUUCCUUUACAAAACAGAAAUAUAGAAAAAAAUCGGGAAAAUACGAUGGAAUGUCUAUGUGUUGUUGGUGCUAUAAACCACUCGCCUAAAGAAGAAUGCGAAAUAAUGACGCAUACUGCUCAGGAAGAUAAUAUCAAUAGUAAAUCAGUUUAUUUUGAAUUGAGUGCAGCUUCUGAGAAUGAAAAGCUCUUGGUUCCGGAGUGUACCAAUUACCAUAGUGAAUACCAGGAUAAAAAGGCCGACAGGAUGGAGACAAAACAUGUUAACAAAGAGGAAAAUGAAGAAAGCGAUGUCAUUGUUACAGCUGCAUCAAAAUGCGAGAAGGGAGACGAUCAGCCCACUGAGAAUGUAUAUUUUGAAUUGGGUAAAACAGAUGAUUGUUUAUCAUCGAUAAUGAAAACAAAAACGACGUGAAUAUGAAAUCUGCGGAACCUUUUCUAUCAAGAAGCUGUUCUAGUUUAAUAAUAUUGGCACAAUUUGAAAAUGUUGUACAAAGAUCGAAGUUUGAUUAACUCUGUUCAUUUACAAUGGGGAUUUUAUUAAGGCACUGUAUAUAUAAGAAAACAGUAUUUUAUUAUCAAAUUUUCAAAUGUUUUCUGAAUAAACGAGAAAGUGUUCGUAAAAAUAGUUAAGAUCAACGAUUGCUCUGUAAUACUUUUUUUUCGUUUUGUUGUUUGUAUCGCCAUAAAAUGUAUAUUGUAUAUAUUUUAAUUUAAGUUCAAGAAAUAAGAGAAACAAAUGUGAAUAUCACUUUAUUAUGUUGUUUACAACAGCAGUGUUAUGUAGUGCAUGUUGGACGAUUGUAAUUAUCUAGCUUGAUGGUGGUGAGAUAUUACAUAUUACGCCAUUAUUAGAAAUAUUGAAAGAGAAAUACAAAGAGAGCUAAUAGGAAAAGGAGAGAUUGAGAUGAAGACGGAAUGAUAGGAGUGAGGUAAACAUUUAGUUUUUUUAAUUUUCUUUUUUUUCUUUUAAGAAUAAACCUUUUAGACGCAUAUAUUCUGCAACAUUAACUUUGUAUGCAAACAGUAUUUAAUCUCCUCUACUAUUAUUAUCUAUUUGGUAUACACUUCCAUGUAUAUGUUUUUUCCUUUUACAGGUGAAGGCUUCGGUAAGCUCAUAAACUUGUAGUAUGUGUAUUAAAAGGCAAACAUGGGUAAACAUCAAACAAACUUCGGUGUGUCCAAGCAGACUAUGGUUUUAUUCAAAUUUUGACGAACGUUCAUGAAAAAGCACAUAACUGUUAAUUACAUGUACGUAUGAGUAAAAUCGAUACAACAAGACAAAUAAGACCUGCCCUAAAACUUCAAUGAGUUUUAGCUUUUCAAAUUUGAUUUUUUCCUGUAUCUUUAUACAAAGCUCUUCUUCAAAAAGAGACCAAUACAGUCCUGAAAUGAACACGACCAUCCAGCCCUCUUAAAAUGUACACAUUUUUUUUUUCAAAAUGUGACACUACUGGGCUGCCGUCCUUUUUAAUUUAGAACAGAGUCAUGCCGUAUAUACCUGUUAAUACCCUAAAAUUGCCCAAUAAUUAAAAAAAAGUAUUUUUUUAUUGAGUAAGUUUUAGGGUUGAGAAUGAUUUGGGUGAGUCGUCCAUCACGCAGCACUGUCAAAAUUUACUUUGUGGUUGCGCCGACCAGAAAGUAUGGGAAAGUUAAUUGGGACAUCAUACAAAACAAAAAGUCACAAAAUGCUAAUAGAAACAGUAGUUUCAGGUUGUUAUAUGUACGAAAACAUUAAACCACAUUAAAAAUUACCGAUGUUUGCAACUUUGUAGUCAAAUAAGUCUAACAACGAUAAAUAUAAACAACAAACUGAUCGAGGUGUACUUGUUGAUGUGACGUCAUAUUCAUUGUAAAUUUUGACGCAUAUUAUGUGUAGAAAGAGGCGGAUCAAUCAAUUUUUUUAAAUUUAGAAAAUCCGUUUUAUAAAUGAACGGAGCAUCAUCAUAAAACAAUUAUUAUACCAUUAAACCUUAUCUUCUAUGCUUGUUUUGAUUUGGCAUGUAUUUUUUUGAGAGCGUGUAUUAUUUCUUUUCUUGAGUGUUUAAUGUACACGUUUGAUGUUUUUUUAGAUCGGGAAGCCUAUCAAAAUCCGCUUUUUACAAGGGCAUAUAUCGUGUCGAUCUUUUGGAUAUAAAUUUAGGUAAUGUUAAAUUUAUUAAAAAGUGCUGCUGCUUCAAUGAAAUCUAUAGAAUGAAUUGAUAUAAGCUAAGGUCAUAUAAAUUCCAACUGGAGCUCAUUUCUUUGAUAUUUAUUCUAAUAAAAAUGAACUCUAUACAAAGCAGAAGCACUUUUCAGGAUCUAUUAAAAACGUAGAAUUUAAUUAUCAUUUAAAAUUUUAAUUCAAUUAAGGGCACGCCCUUGUAAUAUUGAAAUUUGUUUAGACUUCUAUUCGGGAGAAUCAUCAACACAUAUCACGUGACUAUUAAAUCAGGCGACCACUCUUAAUGUAUUACAAAGAAGCAUUUACUGUACUGUUUCAUUUAAUAUCACAUUUAUUUAUAUCAUGAUAAAAUUAAAAGCAAGAGAGUAACUCACUCGUUACAAAAUACAGACGGAUUUGACAUCUGUAAUAAAAAGAAU